AUUUUGAAAACAAUAUAAGACUUGGCUUCGGCCUUAAUUUGAAAACAAUAUAAGACUUGGCUUCGGCCUUAAUUUUGAAAACAAUUAAAGACUUGGCUUCGGCCUUAAUUUGAAAACAAACUAAGACUUGGCUUCGGCCUUAAUUUGAAAAUAAUAUAAGACUUGGCUUCGGCCUUAAUUUUUAAAACAAACUAAGACAUGGCUUCGGCCUUAAUUCUGAAAUCAAACUAAGAAUUGGCUUCGGCCUUAAUUUUGUAAAAAUACGCCAGACUUGGUUUAAACCUUCUAUGAAUUUUAUAACUAAAAAUAUAUAAAUAAAUAUAACACAUGACUUGGCUGUAUGGGCUAUGAUCCCUUUGCCUGUCCUACGGACAAAAUAACCAAAAAAAAAAAAAAAAAAAUGAGCGAAUUGCGCUAGUGUUUUUUAAUUUAUAAUCGUACUUAUCUUUAUUUUUAAGGACUCUGAAUUAUUUUUUAGAAGACUUAUAACCUAUAACGAGUGACCCAUUCACAGGGAAGUGUAACAUCUGAUGCUUAUUAAAGUGGGGCAACAGUUAAUAACUAGGUCUAGUUUAUUGAGGUUCUGUUCAUCUUCUGCAAACAUAAAGAUGUCAACUGGGGAAGGAGUUGGUGUGCCAUUGGCUAAAGUUUUGUCAGUUUUGGAAAAUUUUGCUCCAAAACCACUCUCCGAGAGUUGGGACAAUACUGGGCUUUUGGUGGAGCCUUACUCACCCAGAAAUAUAUCCAAAGUGCUUUUAACCAAUGACCUGACGGAAGAUGUAGCUGUGGAAGCCCAUGAUCAAGGGUGCCAGAUGAUCAUUUCGUACCAUCCUCCAAUAUUCGCGCCAUUGAAGUCCGUCGUUCAAAGUUCUUGGAAAGAGCGCAUUGUAUCAUUCCUUCUGGAGAAGCGUAUAGCGAUGUACUCGCCGCACACGAGGUGGGACAGUGUGCAGGGCGGCGUGAAUGACUGGCUGGCGAGCGCGUUCCCCGUCGCAGAUUCCAGUCCCAUCUUGCCUGGAGCCGACCCUACAGUUGGCGGUGGCCGACUUCUGAAGCUGAAAACAAGUGUAUCAUUGAUCGAAGCUGUUGCAAAAGUAAAAGAGUUGACGGGUUUGUCGCAUGUGCGCUUUGCUAUUGCGAGGGGCAAAUCUAUGAGUGAUCUCGUGAAUAAUGUCGCUUUGUGUGCUGGCUCUGGAGGGUCGGUACUGAAAGGCGUGUCAGCUGACCUCUAUCUAACAGGUGAAAUGCUUCACCACGACGUGCUUGACGCAGCACAGAAUGGAAGAUCAGUAAUUCUAACAAACCACUCCGAUUCUGAAAGAGGCUUCCUUCGCGGAUUCUCAUCCCGUCUCCAAGGCAUGCUGGAUGACCAAGUUCAAGUCCUUGUUAGUGCUUAUGAUAAGGAUCCUUUGGUAACAGUGUAAUGUAAUAUUAUUUUUUUAGUAUACCAACACUAUUAUGUUAAUAUUACAAAAUAAAACCAAUUGCUAGUUCUU